GUAGUCUCUUACUCCGAAAAAAAAAACUCAUGAUAAUGAUGAUUUUCAAACGAGUAAGUAAUUCUUUUCGUCAUCUUCAUGCAACAGAAGAUGAAAAGAUACGAUCAAAAUAUACCUAGGUUAAAUUUUUUCCAAGUUGAAUAGAUAUCAGAUAGAAUAGUUCAGUAUGUUACGUUAUAUCACGAUCGUGUUGUUGAUUAUAGGAAGAUUAGUUAAUAGUACGAAAAACAUAUCAGAAAUAAUGAUAGAACAAAAAGUCAUUCCAGAUAUAAUACGUGGCCCCCCUAGAGAAUUAUUACAGGUAACUUUUCCUCAUGGAGACAUUGAUCCAGGUGUAACUCUAACAGGAAGACAAUGCAUCAAACAACCUAAAUUGAACUGGACCUCUGAAAAGGAUUCUUACUACACAGUUAUGAUGAUAGGAGUAACACCAUGGAAGCAAGAGGUACACAUAAGAAGACCAUAUUUACCUCACAUUGCCCUGGCUGAGGCCACCAUCGAGCCACCGAAAAUUCGAAAAUCGCUUCAUUGGUUGGUAGUAAACAUCCCAGGAAAUAAUUUAGAUAAAGGGCAUACGAAACAAGUUUAUAAUCCUUCCAUUCAUAUUCUGGAAUCAACGUGUUCUGAAAGAUUUAUAUUGUUAGUUUUCAAAGAAAAAGGAAAGUGUAAUUUUGACGAACCUCAUCCAAAACUAUUGAAAAAUAAAAAUUCGACUGAUUUAAAUACAAUAUUCAUAAAUACGGUGACGUACUUGCUGGAUUAUUAUUUUGAAGAUGAAAAUCCAUUGGCUGCAAGUUAUUUUGAUAGAGAAAUCAACGUGAGAGAAGAUUCUCAAUUUAAUAGCGCCGAUUACGAAGUGAUCAACAAUUUGAAAAGAUCUCCGAAACCGAAAUCAACAAAAAAAGUAGAAGAUUCGCUAGAAAGAGUCACACUUAUCACGCUGAAUCCUAUAGUUUGAAAUAAGUUUUCUUCGUGACAAUUUGCCAUAGGAAAUUAUGAACGACAUCUUAAAAAUGAACGAAAAUGAAGAUCUUUUAAGAAUGCAUUGCAUACCUACCUACCAAAUUUUGUGAGAUGACCCAAACGUUCGGUAAAAAAAUCAGACAAUUGAAGGUUGUACUUGAAAAAUAAUUUUACCCCUUCGUUUUACAAAAGUCAUCGUAAUUUGCUCGAUUUUUUUCUUUUACGUACUAUCGCUUAAUGUUUCAUGCAAUUAAGUGUGACAUGUAAUGAAAAUUUUAAUCAAAGAAUCAUAAACAUAAAAGUAUCAUUUCGACAAAGCUAAGAUCGUAUAAACACGUAGACUAAAAUGCUUUUCAGCUCAUUAAAUUCAACAGGUCUACGAGCUGAACUUUAAAGCCUUUGGAAGUAAUGAUCAACGUUGAUCAUAAAACAAUCCAAAAAACCACCCAACCUAAUUACCUACUCGCAUUGUAAAGCAUAAAAUCCUAAAAUUACACACUUUCACACAUGUAUCUAAUCUACCUACUUUACGAGGAUUAAAGUGAAUAAUGUAAAAAUAGGUACCUAAUAAACAGUUCUUAUUAUUUUU